UUUCUUGAAAAUAACAAGUUGGAAAAUGGAGGUGAGGAAAUUAUUGAGAGCACUUGUCGUGCUAGUUUUAUGUGUAGUAGGCAUGCUAAGUGGAAAAUCCACUGCAACUACUUUCAAAGACUGCUACACAAAAUGCUUCAUUUUCUGCAUGAUUGAACCUUCACAAACCCUCUGCUCCUGCACCACCCACUGCUUGAAGGAUUGCAUCUUCCAAGAAAUCCAGAACGAUGUUCAUGAAGAUUCCGACAACCUCGGCUUCUGCAAACUCGGCUGCGCCUUCUCCAUGUGCUCGGCUUUCAGCUCCAAACACAAGCCCAAUGGUGAGAAGGUGGAUGGCUGUGUGGGGUCAUGUUCAAACAAGUGCACCAAGAGCUACACUUCACCUUAGAAGAAUUGAUUUAUAUGAUGAUUUGUACCUUCAAAACUAAUUAUCUUGUUAUUUCACCCUCAUUCACAAGGAUUGUUGUCUUUCUCAAUGUUUCCGAA